GCACUUGCCAGGCAGGCAGUGGCACCACUGAGCACAUCCCUGGGCCACUUUAGGCAUUUUAGCCGCUGUGUCUGCAAAUGUGUAGGACCAUUCCCAGCUCUGUGCAUUUCCUCUACAAAAGGAAGUUUGACGUCUGGAGUGAGUAACAGUCAUAUAAAUAUGACAUAAAUGUAAAUCCAUACAUGCUGAAUUAUUGAGAACAGACUGACUCGGGGAAAACAUUGUAUGAAGCAAGCCAGUUCGAGUGCAGCUUUACAGAACAUGAGCACCACGAGGUGUGUCACACCCUGAUCACACUUCCCUGUCUCCCGUGACUCCUGAUGCUGCCCCUUCUUGCAGUCAGCACUUCUUUUGUUUUUGUUUUUGUUUUUUUGGUACCAGAGAUCGAACUGAGGACCUUGUGCCUGCGAGGCAGGCUGAUGCGCUGUUCACACUGCUGGGGGAUCUGCCACUGAGGGGAGGGUGCUGUCUGGAGUGCAUGCUGCUCCCCACAUCCGUGAAGCUAUUGUCUGCUUUCCCCCUCUGAAUGAUGUUCUGUGUGAUAAUCAAAGCUUACCGACCAGCUGUGCCCUGCUGCUGCGUCACAGGUGUGGCUCAGCCCUUCACAUGCUCUUCAGCGUUUGCUACACUCAGCCUUCUUCGUGGUUGUGGGAUCAGGUGACUGGCACCUUUUCAUGUCCUGGGCUGCGAUAUGUGCAGUGGCCCCUGUGACUGUGACUACUUAGGGACUUUGUCCUGGGCUUGUGUUACAGUUUCAAUCCAGAUGUUCUCCCAAAGCAUCAGGCCCUCACAGGGCAGGCGGGCUUUGGGGAGGUGACUGGCUCCUGGGUGUGACACUGGAUUAGUCCUGCAAUGGGGUAAUGGCUGGGUCUGGUGUUGGCAGGAAAAGCCUGGUGUGAAGAGGUGGGUCACUGUGGGUGUGGCCUAGCAGGUGUGUGUGUAUCUGUAUCCGUAUGUAUCACUGCUCCUCACUUGAUGGCUCCCAGCUUCCUGCCUGCCAAGCCCCUCCCUCUGUCAAGCCACCCUGCCUUGCAGCCAGCCAGCUAGGGGCUGAUACCUCUAUGACCUGUGAACCCAAAGCAACCUUUCCUCCUUUCAAUUGUGGGUGUUGCGUAUUGUGGCUCAGUGACGAGAAAGAAACUCACAGAUGUGUUCAGGGAUAGCAUUUUAGUGACAGUAGUAAUUUUGCACCUUGUCUUGUGUGAGUCUAAAUGUUAACUCAAGACUGCCUGGCGCAUUUUGCAAUUCAUGUUAAGUUGCAGGGAGAGGAGACUGUGUUCUCUGUGUGAGAUCUCAUUGACUAUUUAGUUGCGCUGUGUUCUCCUGUGUCUGUUGAGGCUGUCGACUGCAGGAGCCACUGUGCUGAGGCACAGAGGUGUCCUCCCCUUGGGUCUGCUUUACUUACUGUAGAUGUGAAAGUGCUCUCGCUCUUCCUUUCACAUUCACUUGUUUUUGGUUUUUGGUUUUGGGGGGUUUUUGGUACCAGGGAUCAAACUCAGGUCCUCGCGCUUGGGAGGCAGGCAGCGGAACCAUUGAGCUAAAUCCCCGGCCCCACAUUUACUUUUGAAAACAAGAGAGGCUCCUUGGAAAGUCCUGCACACUGUAGUCAUAAAGCCCUCAUCUUCAACCUCGGGAAUAGGAAUCAACAACAUGCAAAAGGCUUAGCCCCUGAAACUUAAGUCAGAGCAUUUCUGGCUAGAGCUGUAGUUAAUAACCACACCACAGCCUCCAUAUUUCUUUCUUCUCUUUCAUCCAUCUGUCCUUUCUCCUUCUGGCACUUCCUCCCCACCUUUUCUGUUCUUCAGUUUCUUCUUCCAUUUUCUCAUUCCUUCUUUCUGAAGUUUAGAGAGGCUUAGAAGCUCUCAGGUCAUAAUCUGUAGAAUAUGGCCCAGUAGAAAGAAAAGAGAAGAAAAAUCCCUUCCUUUUCUUACUAGGUGAAGUGGAAAGUGGAAGUGCAUGACUUCACCAUUUGAUUUUUUAGUGGCAACAUUUAUCCCUCAACACUCAUUCCGUUCAUGUCCCAGUUGAGGACAAUGUGAUCAAAAGCCUAGGUGUGCACACCUGUGGACCUGACAGACGCUUUGAGAGCCCCAAACUCUGCCUGCAAGAGUGUUUCCACUCUGUGUCCCAUUACCCCAAUAACCCUCAGAUCAGGCUCCUUUCUUCCCUUUUUCAACAUACAACCUGCUCUAAUUCACCUGAGUGUCUGCUGUGAGAACAACAUUCCUCUUGGUUUUCUGUACUGUAAGCUCCACAAAGGUGAACAUGAAAGCCACUUCUCUCAAGGAGAGCAUAGGCGUUUGCACCACAGGUAGGAUGCAUAUGCACGAAGUAGCUUGAAUGUCUGCCUUGUCUUUCUCUGAUGUUCUAACCCACCCUCCUCCUGAUGGCCAGCAUGCAGUCUGUGAACUGCUUGCUGGGUGUCUGCUUGCUGGGUGUUUUCUUUGCACAUGGCAAUUUAUUGUUUAUAUGUUUUGCAAUUAAUUUUAUUCUCAAACAUGCUUUUGGUGAGGGGCUGAGGAUGUAGCUCAGGACCACAGCACCUGCCAGGCAGCAUGAGGUGCUGAGUUGGAACUCCAGUAUUAAAAACAAAGCCUAUAGGUGAAAUUUAACAAUACAAAUUUCCUAGGAACCCUCAGAAUGUGUUACAGCUGGGCCUUUUCAGGGUUAAGAGUACCCACAUGAACCCUGUUAGACUCACCCUUGUCUGCCCCGUGGGUAGCCACUGUCCUACUUAUUUUGCUGUUUUGUGUAAAUUUACCAUGAGUAAUUGUGACUGUGCAGUAUUUGUUUGCUUUACCACCUUGAAAUGUUAAGUGAGUGAGUCCAAUAGGAACUGCACAGAAAAGCAUUCCAUGAAGUUUCUUAGUCACAGUAUGUUUCGUAUGUGGUCAUGCCUGUGUCAUGGGGCAAAGUGGUUUCUUCUCCACGAGGUUGAAGUUUUUUCAAGGUUAGUUUUUUUUGUUGUUGUUUUGGGUUGUUUUUGGUACCGGGGAUCAAGGUUAGUUUUUAUAGGUGUGAAAAGAGACACAUUUAUGCUCAGAAACAGUGGCACCGUGUGGUUUCUGGUACUGGAAUAAAAGCUCGGGUCUGUAGAGUUUGGCACACACCAGAGUAGAGAACAUGCCUGUGGAGUGCAGCACUUGGUCCUUCCUUUUGUCGUGAGUCUACCUACUAGUUCUGUCUUUCCAGAAUUAUGCUUCCUUUGCCUGUUUCCUCAGACAAGGGCAUGGAUCUUGCUUUUAUUUGGUGUUUUCUCUUCAGGUUUAUAUGUUUUACUCUCAUUUCUUAUGUGUGCAUUUCUUACUUGGUACACAAAUUCUUUUUUUUUUGUUACCGGGAAUCGAACUGGGGAUCUUGUGCUUGAGAGGCAGGUGGCAAAAGCACUGAGCUAAAUCCUUGGCCCACCACAAACUCUUUUUAUUGCAUGCACUGCAAAUAUUUUAAACAUUUCUCAUGUCUUUUACCUCCCAUGAUUUACAUAAGUUUCAAUAUCUCCCUCUAAUUCUGACAGCUUCAUGAUUUUCCUCUGGGGAAAUACAUUUUUUCACUUCCAAAAAUAUUCAAUUGAUCUUUCCCCUUUCAAGAUGUAAUUUAAUUAAUAUGGAAGGUGUAUGAAGAAUAAAGCCCCUGCUUCUCCCUACCUCCUGUAUCACACAGAUUGUCAUUUGUGCCAUGAGAGCUCUAUAAGCAUCAGUAUUCUGUGAUAUCUUGUAUCUAGAUGGCCCUGUAAAGCCUCAUGCAGUCAGAGGUGGGGCUCUUCAGAGACAGCUGGAUCUAGAAUGUGUGAUACUGGGAUUGAUGCAUGGUGUGAUGCUAGGAUUAAGGGUGUGAGUGCUACCUGGGUAGAGUGGAGAAAAUAUAAGGGGCAGAGAGAGAGUUUUUGUUGUCAUUUGUUGCUUCCUCCUUGCUGCUUUUGCUGCCUUCUGCCUGCCAUGGACUGUUUCUCCUCUGCGAUGCCCCUCUGCCAUGUCACUCUGCCUUGGAGCCAGCCCAUUAUGCACUGAAACCUGUAGAAACAGUGAAAGUAAUUUUGGGUGUUGGGUAUUUUCUAUGAGCAAUGAGAAAAAUGUAAUUAAGACAUUCUUUUUACAUGCAAGCCCAUUGGAAACUCUUCUUCCCUUUUUGUUGUUAUUCUCUCUACUAAUAAAACAGUGCCCUAAAUAGUGGGUUUUGAAACUCUACCUUAAAGAUGCUGUCACAUUUGAGGGUUUAAUUGAAAAAAAAUUUUCUUCAGUUUCUCCUUUCAUUAUUAGUGCCUGUUAAGUGUGCAAAAUAUUGGUAAUGAGUGCAUUUAGUAUCUAUUUUUAUCACAUCCCUCCCCUAAUUUCUCCUCUUAUGGCACAUUUCAAGUCACUGAACCAUGGGAUCGUAUGUAGCCCUUCAUCUAAUUUCUCUGUGAUUUUCCAACAAAAACUGAUUUUUCAUUAGCUUUCCAAAUUAUCAUUGAUAAAUUUUGGCUCACGUUCAAUGCAGGCUUUGUCUAUGAAAGCAGGUUGAAGUUUCAAAAUGCUGUGUAAAUAGAAUCAGAGAAGCAAGGAAUCACCUCCCUAAAUAAUGAGUUCGGAAAAAAAGAUAUUUUGUAUAAUUUAACAGUGUAAUUCUUCAGACACUCAUCUACCAUACUUUCUUCACUUGGAUUCUGACUUGGUGGGGUCCCUCUGUGAACCAUGCUUUAGUAGCAGUGUACAAGCAAACCCAGGUGUAAUCAGCAGGAGAAGCAGUGUUCCCAUUGCACUGUUGCUUUAACAGUGAAUUCCAGUGUAACAGCAACGUUCAUGUGUGAGGUGUGCAUGUGGAUGGAGGAUAAGUGUUUGAUGACUGAGACAUGAAGUAAAUGUGGAAAACUCAGCCUCAUAUCAGCUUUGUAUGAGAUGAGAUGGUUCAUGUUGUGAAUCUCACGCUUCUUCCUGGAAACACGUCUGAUGCUUUAGGAGGCAGUGACCUUCGAGGAUGUGGCUGUGAACUUCACCAGGGUGGAGUGGGCUUUUCUGGAUCCAUCCCAAAAGAAGCUCUACAGAGAUGUGAUGUGGGAAACCCUUAGGAACCUGGCUGCCAUCGGGAGAAGCUCAGGUGACCAGCAAAUUGAAGAUGAGUACAAAACUUGGAGUAAAAGUCUAAGAAGUUUAGAAGGAGAGAAAUCCUGUCCAUAUAAAUUAUGGUACCAAGAUGGAGAAAUGGUUGUUCAGACUCCAGAUACUAAUGCAUACAUGAAACUUGUUUGUAUAAAACCAGGUGAAAGGCUUUCCUCUAGAAGGCCCCUGAUUGGUCAUUCAUCAGCAGAUGGGCCCACCGCAGCUAACAUUGGACUCAAAUCACAUGAGCAGCAGGGAUUGGAAGAGAAGUUGUCUAACUGUAACACACAUGGGAAAACCUGUGCUAAGCUCCAGUCCUCUCAGAAACUUGCAAAGACAAGUCCUGGGGAGAAACCCCAUGAACACAGGCCAUGUGGAAAGUCCUACUCUGAUUGCACUGAAGAAAGUACCAUUGAAGAGAAGCCAUUUGUUUAUAAGCAAGAUGUGAAAUCAUUCAUUACAGCCAGUGAUGGUCAGAUCAGGCAAAGCAGUCACAGUGAAAUGAAUACAUAUGCAUGUAUACCAUGUGGGAAAAGUUUUAAUUCUCACCAUGAUAUUCAGACCCAUGAAAAAGCUCACACUGGAGGAGAAGUCUGUGUAGGCAAACACUGUGGAAAAUUCUUCAUGAACAACAAUUCAUUUGGCAAUCAUGAAGGAACUCACACUGUAGAGAGACCCUAUGUAUGUAAACAAUGUGGGAAAGUUUUCAAGAAAAGCAGUCUUUGUGAACUUCAUGAAAGGACCCACACUGGGGAGAAACCCUACAUGUGUAAGCAUUGUGGGAAAGCUUUCAACAGACACAGUUAUCGUCAGACACAUGAACGGAUUCACACUGGGGUGAAACCCUAUGCAUGUAAGCAUUGUGGGAAAGCUUUCAGAAGAAACAGUCAUUGUCGAGUUCAUGAAAGGAUUCACACUGGGGAGAAACCCUAUGCAUGUAAGCAUUGUGGCAAAGCUUUCAGAAGAAACAGUCAUUGUCAAGUUCAUGAAAGGAUUCACACUGGGGAGAAACCCUAUGCAUGUAAGCAAUGUGGAAAAGCUUUCCGCUCUCGUGCAAAUUGUUAUGCACAUGAACAGACUCACAUUGUGGAGAAACCUUAUGUAUGUAAGCAAUGUGGGAAAGCUUUCAUCAAACACAGUCAAUGUCAAAAUCAUGAAAAGAUUCACACUGGGGAGAAACCCUAUGUAUGUAAGCAAUGUGGGAAAGCUUUCAGCACAAACAGUCAUUGUCAAAUACAUGAAAGAGUUCACACUGGGGAGAAACCCUAUGUAUGUAAGCAAUGUGGGAAAGCUUUCAGCACACACAGUUAUUGUCAGAGACAUGAAGGGACUCACACCAUGGAGAAACCCUAUGUAUGUAAACAAUGUGGGAAGGCUUUCAGCACACACAGGUAUUGUCGAAGACAUGAACAGACUCACACUGGAGAGAAACCCUACAUAUGUAAGCAAUGUGGGAAGGCUUUCAGUAGACCAGAGAGUUGGCAAAUACAUGAAAAGACUCACACUGGGGAGAAACCCUAUGUAUGUAGGCAAUGUGGUAAGGCUUUCAGAACACGUGCUGAUUGUCACUCACAUGAACAGAUUCACACAGGGGAGAAACCCUAUGUAUGUAAGCAAUGUGGGCAAGCUUUCAGCACACGUGGUACUUGUAGAGGACAUGAACGCAGUCACACUGGUGAGAAACCCUAUGUAUGUAGGCUUUGUGGAAAAGCUUUCAGAAUACGUGCUGAUUGUAGAACACAUGAACAGAUUCAUACAGGGGAGAAACCCUAUGUAUGUAAACAAUGUGGGAAAGCUUUCAGCACA